CGAUAAGGUCUACAGACUGGGUGGAAUUGUGGAACCAACUGGUGGUUAUCUCUUAAUGGACGUCUUUAGAUUGAACAACGUUAUAUAAGACCACUGAGCUUGGUCAGAGUAGUUGGACCAGCGAUUCAACAAUGAUACGCUACGCCAGUUUCGUGUUGCUGGUCUUGGCUGAGUGUGUGUACGCGCGCGUACACAUCACCACCACAACCACACCCUUCCCACGUGGGAACCUCCAGGUGAGGAUGGAUAACUUCAAGGUCAAGAUGGAGGCCAUGCUUCAGCAGAUGAUACAACAGCAGCUCUACGUGGAGGAAAGGAUCCGCUCUGACGGGCAGUCCGGCAUCAAACAGAUCAGACAAUACCACGACGGCCCGAGACCCUAUGAUUCGGAGUCGCACACAUACAAAACUGCUUUUGCUGUACACGACCACGCUAACUAUGACCGCACCGUAGGAAUGGGAGAAGUCAACAUGGUCAUGAACGGUGUUGAGUUCAGAACGAGGCACAACGACUAUAAACUGCGCAUGCCCAGUAGGAAAUCUGCUGCCUAUCGGGCAACCGAAGACAUUCCGUUUCCCAGUGUACCACCACAAGUGACGUCAAAGAAGACGCUACCUGAACAGGUGGCGGAAAUGAAAGCAUGGUUCAAAGCCUGGCAAGAUCAGAACCACAGCGUCCGGGACUACCGGAAGUACUUCAAACCCGUCCUGUGUUACAUGGAAGGAGCAUGGACCCAAAACACCACACACAUCCAAGAGCCCUUCAGCAGCGACAGGCACGCCAUCGACGCCACCAGCUGGGAAGACCUUCAAGAAAAGGUCAGGUUCACAACGUACUCGGGGAGCAAGAGCUUCCAGGAGAACUUCGCCUUCCUCCCGACUACAAUCAUGGAAGUGGUAAACGGCCAGCCCGUGUUUGCCCAGUGGAACUAUCGCAUCCUGUGCCAUCCUCUGACUAGAGACCUUCCCUUGAAGUAUCUCAAUCUCCAAGAUGACCUGUCUGCAAGAAUUUCACGAGGUCAGACCAAGAGCCAGUUACUUCACGACCCAGCAGCACGAUUCUCUCUCUUCGAUGGUGAUGAGGGAAGGAACUACACACUGCUGGACGAACUGAUGAGCGAAAUUCCCGGUUUGAACAACUACAAUGCCAAUCUGAAGGAGGACGUCUUUGGCCAACAACUGUAUGACGUCUCAGACAACGCCCCAAUGAACACAGCUAACUACCACCGGUGGUACAAGGUUGGGAAAGGUGGAGCUAAAGAACAGCUGAUGCAUCGCGGCUUCUCCGAUAUGAGCCUGUUUGUGGCGCAGACCACCCAGUCUGAGAUAUCCCCCAUGAAAGUGGAGCAGUGCACAGUGAACCCUGUCUCUAAACACAAGACGUGCCAGUCCUGGUCUCGGCGCUACUCCUACGCCGUUCCCCUUGAGGUGAUCUACCUGACCCCCGUUUUGAGCUGGAACCCUUUCAACUUGGACUUCUGGUCAAAGGGUUCCCAAGGGCCCAACAAGCAAAGGGUGGGAGGCAACACGCCCCAAACGGCAUACAACGGCUCCAGCUACCACGCCUACUACCGUACUCCUCCGACGUUGUUCUCGGGCCAAGGGGUGUCAUUGAAUCAUGCCAGCAUUGUUGGGGUACUGGACAAACACGGAAAGGUGCAGCAAGUGGCGGCUUCGGGGCCAAGGGUCCUGCUCCCCAAUAUCCCGGGGAUGGGAAAGAUCAGGAUGCGGUACCCCAUCGCUCCCAUCCAUGGGGAGGGGUCUGGCGUCUGGAAGGAACUUGACGCUCUCAAGGACAUGAUGAUGGACAUCGAGAAGUACAAAGGACUGUUUGAGGAACCUCCAACCAUGGACGGCAGCCAUACGGGAAUGUUACAUCUGAGAACAGGCGUUGCAACCAAGACACCCCCAGGUCCACACGUCCACGAAAUCUACGUGUCCCAAGACGUUCAGGCGCAAAUGGCAGGCGGACGUCGCGUAAGGAUGCUGACAAGCAAAGCCCAAGGCCACACCCAUCAGCUUUUAAUAGACGGGAGAAAUCACAAGUACAGCAUUUUUAAUUGUGACGGAAAACCGCGCUGCUGGGACGGCCAUCCUUCCAGUUUAUAUGUUGUGUGAACUGCUUAGCAUCUUGCUGAGGUCCUGAAUAAAGUGCAUGCAAAAACUGA